CCUCCAAAUGCACACACCCGCGGCGGGAGGAGGAAGGGCAUCUUCCCCGCCUUCGCCAAUUUAAUUUCGCGCCCCAUCCUCGCCCCUUUUUCUUCUCCUUCUUUUUUUUUUUUUUUUUUUAAUUUAAUUUUAUUAUUAUCCUUGUCAUUAUUUGUCGGGGUGCUCCAGCCGGCUCCCGGCGGAAAGGGUGGAUCGCUUCUCAGAGGAUCCCCGCGGCUCCUGGGGAAGGUUGCUGACACUGUGGCUGCAGUUUACUCACAAGAUACCAACCAAACACUAGUAUUUGAAGAACCACUUGGAUAGGUGCAGUUCCUCACCCAGUAUGCCUUUCAAAGCUGGAUUAGAACUGACUGAAUUGCAGAAUAUGACUGUCCCUGAAGAUGAUAACAUCAGCAAUGAUUCAAAUGAUUUCACAGAGGUGGAAAAUGGCCAGAUAAAUAGCAAGUUUAUUUCGGAUCGAGAAAGCAGAAGAAGUCUCACUAACAGCCACCUGGAGAAGAAGAAAUGUGAUGAAUAUAUCCCUGGAACUACUUCACUGGGAAUGUCCGUCUUCAACCUUAGCAAUGCAAUUAUGGGCAGUGGGAUUUUGGGUCUUGCUUUUGCCUUGGCCAACACGGGAAUUCUCCUUUUUCUGCUGCUUUUGGUUUCGGUCACGCUGCUGUCUAUUUAUUCAAUACAUCUCCUGUUGGUGUGUUCAAAGGAAACAGGCUGCAUGGUGUAUGAAAAGCUUGGUGAGCAGGUCUUUGGUACCCCAGGGAGAAUGAUUGUCUUUGGAUCUACAUCUCUUCAGAAUGUUGGAGCAAUGUUGAGCUAUCUCUUCAUAGUCAAAAAUGAGCUGCCUUCUGCCAUAAAGUUUCUAAUGGGAAAAGAAGAAACUUUUUCGGAAUGGUACGUGGAUGGGCGGAUUCUUGUUGUCACAGUGACGUUUUGUAUAAUCCUCCCUUUAUGUCUCCUUAAGAACUUAGGAUACCUUGGCUAUACCAGUGGAUUUUCAUUAAGCUGCAUGGUAUUUUUCCUGGUAGUGGUUAUUUACAAGAAGUUUCAAAUUCCCUGUGAUGGACAAGGGCUAAAUGCAACAUCACCUAUCGUAUCAAAUAGCUCAGCACAUGAACAUAUGUGUAAGCCAAAGUAUGUUAUCUUUAAUUCCAAGACCGUGUACGCUUUGCCCACCAUUGCUUUUGCAUUUGUGUGCCACCCAUCAGUCCUCCCGAUUUACAGCGAACUUAAAGACCGUUCACAGAAAAAAAUGCAGUUGGUUUCAAAUAUCUCAUUUUUUGCCAUGUUUCUGAUGUACUUUAUGACUGCCAUAUUUGGCUAUUUGACUUUCUACGAGAAUGUGCAGUCAGAUCUGCUUCACAAAUACCAGAGCAAAGAUGACAUCCUCAUCCUGACCGUGCGCUUGGCUGUGAUCGUGGCGGUGAUACUCACCGUGCCGGUGCUGUUUUUCACUGUGCGUUCAUCAUUAUUUGAGAUGGCCAGAAAAACAAAAUUUGACUUAUGCCGUCAUGUUUUGGUUACUUUUGUUCUUUUGGUUAUCAUCAACCUGUUAGUCAUCUUUAUCCCAUCCAUGAAAGAUAUUUUUGGAGUUGUAGGGGUCACUUCUGCCAAUAUGCUGAUUUUCAUUCUUCCUUCGUCAUUGUACUUAAAAAUUACACAGCAGGAUGGAUCAAAGUUGACUCAGAGGAUUUGGGCUUCUCUUUUCUUGGCACUGGGGGUAUUGUUUUCCCUAGUGAGCAUUCCCUUGGUCAUCUAUGACUGGGUACAGUCGGGAGGCAGUGCUGAAGGCCACUGAAGUUCACCUUCUUCUCAAAAGAAGAUACCCCUGUUUGCUACACACCAAAAUUGCAACCAUCCGUUCUGUUGUCUGUUCCACCUUUUGUGAGUUUACUCAAAUCAAAUCCAAAUAAUGAUUAUCCAGUACUGAAAAUACUGUUAUGGGUGUAUUUUCUUGCAGAAAACAGACCCAUUCUUCCAACAGGCAUAUCACUCUUUGAUCAGCAAAAAGUCUGUGUGUUGUCCAUGAGACUAUGUAGAGCAUCGCUCAUAGAAAUUCAUCACAAGUUUCUCCUCUUCCACCCAUGAAUUGCAUUGUUCCAUUAUUACCCUUAGCCCUUUAGCCACAAGCUCUGCUCCUUUAGGGCAGCGGUGCCUGUUGCUGUCAAUUCCAACUAGAGUGUUGUCCAUUCAUAUCCUUCCCCCCUCUUUUAGCCAAAACUCUGCUCUCUUAAUUGUAUGCAUCUGGUUUGUUGGUUUGUUUGUUCUGUUGCUGUUUCAGGCACCAUUUGCCUCACUGGGUUAAGGGUAGCAUUCUGGAUACAGGCAUGAAAAGCACCACAAGAGCAAAACUGAGCGCUAUGUAAGCGUAGGUCCUAAAUCCGGUGCUUCUCUUCGAUGUUUUGGGUGGGGGGGGGGGGAGCCAGCCCCAGGCCUUGGCCCAUCCAUGGCUUUGGGAAACAGACUGUGUUGUGUGUGUGUGUGUGUCUUUGUGAUGUGGUGCAGGGAGCAGGAGAAGAACAGCCACCACUGCCAGCCACCAUUCCCCUGGCACACUUGAGUUGGAGGCUGACCAGAACUUGACCCCAAACCAUGAGUACUUGAGCCUGAAGGGAAGCAGACAUUUGGAGAUUUCCAUAAGAAGUCUGCAUUUUCUUCAGCAUUACACUGUUCAGUAAUGCCCCAUUGCUCUCAGAAAAAAAAUACCAAGCUCCAGUUUUGUUAAAACCUACGCAUUUAAUCAUACCUCAUGCCUUUUCCAUACCUUGUAGGGACUGGCUCCUCUCUUGUGUCUUACCCUCCUCCCACUGAAGUCAGUGGGGUCUUUGACAGCAGUGGGAGCAGGAUUUGACUCACUCUGCCAAACUACUGGAUUUCUAAUGGAAAUUGAAAUCUGUAACAUUUCUUUAAAUGAACAGAAAUACUUUUUAUAUUUAAAAGAUUUACAUUUACAUUUACAAUUUACAUUGUUCUCCAUAACAAAAGAUAAUUACUACUAGCAGAAACACUGUAAAUUGCAACAGUCGUCCACAGAAUAAGCAUUUGCCUAAUGCCUUAUAGCUGGUGUAGAGAACUACGUGUAGAGACUCAAAAGCUAAGCAGGUGAUCACUCACCAUCCUGAGCAGACAUCUUCUGUUAGUGCACUGCCAGCAGCAUAAACGUGUUCACUUUGUGUCAUUCACCAUGUGAGCUAAAAAGUGUCUCAGAAUAUGAGCGUGCCUCCCACUGAAAGAACUAAUGGCUAAAGGGAGCCCUGCUUCAUGCCCAAGGUGAUGCCCUUGGUGUGCUCAAGCCAUACCUGUCAGUAUGCAGUGACCCUCUUGUUCUCAGUAGCUGGUUUGUUGACAACACCCUUUGUAACUGUGGAAGCAGACUGUCAUCAGCUGUGAGGAACCUGUCAUUGCAACUUGCUCUUUUUAAGGUUAGGGAUAGGGUAUUUGGGAUCUUGGGGUUUCUGUGAGCUAUUGAAUUGCCUCAGUUGCCAUUGCCUUGUCCUACAUGGCUUGAAGUCACUGAGAGUUGAGAUCACAGAACACGUCUCAGGACCCUGAAAGUUGGUUUCUAAAGAUAACAUCCAGAGAGGUUCGUUUGGGGCCUUCCUAGGAAUUUGGGCAUUGAGAUGCACAUUGUUCAUGCUCCAGAAACUAAGCCUACUAAGCCCAGAUUUCCAGAUCUGUACCUUAGCAUAGGCGGUGAGGUGCUUGCCUCUGACAAUACUUCACUGUGAUCCAGAAAUAAGGCAGAGUGGAUUCCACAAGCUGCCCAAGUCCUUGGAGUAGCCCAGCAGCAAGAACAAAACUGGAAGCCUUCUCCCUCCAGGCAAAGUGACCUGCUAGACUGCAGUGCAGGGUUCUUUUAUUCUGCUUUCCUCCAGGCCCCUGAGACCUCCACUCACAGGCUCCCAACAAGUUCUCUGGUGCAUCAUCCUUUCUCCCAAGCACCCCCUAGCCCAGCCUUUAACAUACGAAGUGCUGAGCUAUUUGGGAUCCCUGGGCUGAGGUCCCUUGUGCUUUCCUGUGGCUGGUCUCAGACCCUUGCCUGUGAUGGUGCAGGUCACCAGUUCUCUCUGCGCUGUCUCUUUAUGGGACUGAUCCCUGCCUUUAUUCUCAGAGAAGUCCAUACCAUAGCCUGCAAGACCAAGUGUUAGGCAAGCUCUGGGGAGUAGAGCCUGUGAUUGGUUCUUACCUCUUUGCACCUCAUUCCAGGCAUCUUCUCAGCUUAGAAUGUAAAUUUGUGGUUUUCCUUUUGCAGGCACCCAACCCUCAGUGGUCACUGCAGUAGAAGCCCAGCAUCUCACUCCAUUCUCUGAUUCAGCUUGCUGAGGUUGCAUUUCAGGUUUUGAGGUGCCUUAUAAUCUCUCUGGAUCUUAUCCUAAAAAACCUAACUCAGACCUGAGAAUGCUGUACAGUGUUAUCCUUAAGAUGCUACCAGGAUCUCCUGCUUUCCUCCCCCUUUAUCUUUCUUCUACUACUGAUUAAUGAGCAGUACAGCUCUGUGCAUAGGGGGGGUUGUGAGAGACGAGAUACUGGGAAUGACUUUGAAGUGUCCAGGUAUGAAGUAGUAGAGGUCUGCUGCACAGGGUUCCAGCAAGGUCACAUCUGUGACAUCUCCCUCCUCGUUCCUCUCCCCCUGCCCUGCCCCCAGUAGUCUGUAGUCUGCUGUUUGAAAUACCAACCAUUGAGUUUUGGCACCCAACUUCCUUCGACUUGAAGGGCUGUUGGGUCACUGAUUGUUCAUCCUCCUAAAUCUCCUCCAUCACUAUUCCUCUCUCUCCUCUUUGCUAUUCUGCCUUCUCCUUUUUCCCAGUUUGUUUUGUAUACUGGAGAUUUACUGAAUAAAUAGGGAGAAUGAGCUGAGUAUGCAUAGAGUGAAAUUACCCAAGGUACUGGACCACCAAAGCAUGUCUUAUAUACUGAAAAAUGGAUACCCAAAAUAUUAAGUCUUUAAACAGACUUUGUUUCUGGGUCUCUUAAAAAUAAAAAAAAAAAAAGAGAGGGAAUUUUGCUUAGACUGAUUUACUGGCAUCAUAUUUAUAGAUAUUUAUGGAAGAGAAUCAUGUGUUUAUUGAUGUCUGUGGUAAUGAACGUGAAAUAACGUGCUUUUUGUUUUCUCAUCAGGUUUAUACAUUCUUAACAGAAUGCAAUAGACCCUGCUGUAACUGUCAACAUCAGUGAUGGAUGACAAUAUUUGUAUGAGGUUAUCUGUAAAAUGUACUGCUGUUAUUCAGUUCAUUUGGAAUAGUGAACCUGUAGCCACGAUUGUAUGAGUCCCACAUUUUAGUUAGGAUUUUAAGAGCACAGUGAAAUGCUGUAGGAGUUUCUCUGUUGUAAAAUUAAUAGGAUCCAGAGUACCAUAUCUACUUAGUAGGUGAUAGCAUGCUUUCUUUUCAUAGAGAGUUUAUCACUAUUGUGAGCACUGCAAGUGUCAUAGACUGGAUGCCAAAUUGCUCCUAAUAACUGCAAAAAAAAUCUUUAAAAUGCUCAUUUGUGUAAUAGCAACAAUCAAGUGGUGAGGGACAAGGAAGGACUAAUUAGAAGCAGGGACUACCAAUAAGAUUGUAAGAAGUAAUCCUACACUUAAAAGACAGCCUUGCUGCCUCUCCUAGUCCACAGCACAUUGCAAAGAAAAUAGUUACGGGCUUAAAGCAACCGUAAUACAGCUGCCCUUCUCUGUCCAAUGGCAAACAUGCCUAGGUAGUAAAACACAGUAAAUUGUUAUUUGGGAACAGUAUCUCGGGGCAGUGACCAGUGACCUCUCUGGGUGAUGCUUGCUACUGGUCAGAGGGCUGAUGCCAAAUCUGUGCAUCAGCACAGACCUUUUGUAGAGCUGACGUGGACCAAGUGGUGCCUGGCACGUGUGCAGGCCCAGGGCACAAUAAUAGCUGGUCUCAUCCUGCGAGGUCAAGGAUGGGGAUGCUCAUCCGCUCCGAGGGCUGCUCUUCUGAGCCACAUAAGAACCCGAAGCCUGUGCUCCACUUGUAAUAGGUCACACGUGCAAGUGUGGGUUGGUUGAUAUGUGGGUUUUGUCUGUACAUCCGCCUUACAAUGCAUAAGUGCAACACAGCUCUCUGAUAUUGAGUAUUAAAGAGUAACAAUUAAUGGUAUGUCUAGCUUAUCUUUAAAUGGAUACAUUUCUUUGCUUGAACCUUACAUUAAGGCUAAAGAGCACCUUGGUCAAAACAAAACUUUCCAUGUGGUGGUGUCCCACCUCCAGUCCUACUGCCCCACUCCAGUGCCUGUAGGAGAAAGGCACCACAGAAUGUACUCAGCUCCAUCAGCAGCUCCAUGAGAUGGCUUUAUCCGCUGGCGCCAUGGUGCUUUCAUAAACAAAUCCCCAGAGCCCUUGGCGUCAGAAAAUCCUUAUUUCCUAUAACGUACAGCAAAGAAUGUUUUAUUUGUAUCUAAUGUAAGGAUUUCUGUAACAAACUGUGAAAAAAAAAGAUAAUUAAUUAAUAAAAGGUACAGGGCUGGAAAGUCUAGAAUUCACAAAUUGUACACAUACCUAUGUUUCUGAAGACAAAUCUAUGCAGUUGUGUUGUAUUGUAGGAAAUUCCAUUUUUAUGUACAUAUAUAUUGUAAAUAAAUAGGAUGCUGUAUAUUUUUGCAGUUGUUUAUCCCCUAUGAAUAGAAGUGUUGAGAUAGGCUCUGCAUAUUAAGAAUAAUUUUAAUAGAAAUACAAAUACUUUAGCUUCUUAGAAAAAUGUAUAUCCUUUUCCUUCUCCCAAGAGUUCACAAGUUAAAUCCUAAACUUGAAAUUAUAAUUACAUCCCUAAAGUAAAAAGAAAAAUAAAAAGUCCAGUUAAAUUGCUAGGAUUACUUCCAGUGGACGACUCCCUGUUUUCUCAACAGCAAGUUUGCCAGUCUUCCUGUUGGGUAAAAUAUCUCCCUUGUUAAAGGGCCCCUUUGAUACCCAGAUACCUCUUACUUCCUCAGCUGAGGUCAGUUGGUAGUAAAGUCCUGAAAAGGCUUUAUGGAGGAAACCAUGGCAAACUGCAGCCAGCAAUUUGACCCAGCAUUAUGCUGUGUUGUAUCCAGGUGUAUAUUUACCCAGAAGUCAGGGCAGAGCUUCUGCAUUUCCAUUUUCAGCCAUCAGAAAUGCCAGUAGUUCAGAAAAAAGAAUGACAAGCCAGGGGUGGGCAGCAACCAAAGCAGUUGGUGCCAUUUCCAGCCCCCUCCUGUGGCUGCUCUGCCUCAGACCCUGCUGCUCUCAUGUGACCUAGACACUGGCACCUGAGGCUGCCAAGAGCUUCCCUGGCCAGGGACUGCUUGCACAUCCCACCAUGUGAACAGGCAGAGGUCAUGGGAUAGCUGCAUGUCCAGGGGUGAGGGGGAGGGGAGGGGAGGGAUGGGUAUGUCCUGAGAUUGCAUCCAUCAGAGGCCUUGCAUAGACUUUCUCACUGGUAAAGCAUGGAAACGUUUUUUCAGGACUGCUGAAAAUUUGAGGUUAAGAAAUGCAUCUAAAAAUAAUUGUGGUUUUUUUUCAUGUUUACUUCAUGGGCUUGGAUGAAAAUGAAAUAAUAUUUGCUUUUAUCAUGAGCACAAAUUUGGGGGAAAAAACCUAUAUACAGUCAGUUCUAUAGAGCUUUUCAAAUUAAUACCAGUGUACAUUUUGUUUUCAGUGUUAUAGCCAACAAAAUUUAAACUGUAAAGGUAUUUUUCCACUAGACUUGAACUUUGCAUUGUUUAUAGAAACCUGUUUUUAGUGUCCCAACAUAUGCUAGGGCUCACACAGAUCCAGUAUAAACAAUGUUGUUUGAAUCAUGUAUGCUUGAUACAAGCUCAUCUCUAAUACGAUUGUUGAAGUGAGUCAUCAGUAGUAUUUUGCUUCUGUUAACAUCACCUGUUAACUUUGUGCUGCUCAUAUUCAAAUAAACAACAGUUUUUCAGUUUCUAUGUGUAAAUAAAAUGUAUCAAGUUCUAUGA